AUGAAUGGCUCCUCAAAGAAUCCUUACGGACCCAAUCCUUGUGAUUAUUUGUCUAAUGUGAAUAGCUUUAGGAUCAUCGAUACAACGCUUCGAGAAGGUGAGCAAUUUGCUAAUGCAUUUUUUACCUUGGACUUCAAGGUCAAGAUCGCCAAAGCUCUUGAUGAGUUUGGCGUGGAUUACAUAGAAAUGACGUCACCAGUGGCCUCCGAGCAGUCGCGUACAGAGCUCGAGACUGUUUGCAAGCUUGGCUUGAAGACCAAGAUCUUAACUCAUAUUCGUUGUAACAUCAACGACGCCAAAGUGGCUGUGAAUUGUGGCGUGGACGGAGUGAACGUUUUCAUUGGAACAUCCCAGUUUAUGAGGAAGUAUUCCCACGGUAAGGACAUGUCCUUCAUUACCAAUGCUGCUGUGCAAGUGAUUGAAUUCGUUAAAUCUAAGGGAUUGGAGAUCAGAUUCUCUACGGAGGAUUCCUUUAGAUCCGAUAUUGUUGAUUUGUUGAACAUUUACACUACCGUGGAUAAGAUCGGUGUCAACCGUAUUGGUAUUGCUGACACUGUGGGUGGUGGAAAUCCUAGACAAGUUUAUGAUUUGGUUCGUACCAUCAAAUCGUGCGUCAGUUGCGACAUAGAGACACAUUUCCAUAACGACACUGGCUGUGCCAUUGCCAAUGCUUACACGGCAUUGGAAGCCGGCUCCAAGUAUAUCGACACUACCGUACUUGGUAUUGGAGAGAGAAACGGUAUUGUUCCUCUAGGUGGAUUCAUGGCUCGUAUGGUGGUUUCAUCACCAGAUUACGUCAAAUCCAAGUACAAGUUGACCAAGAUUAGAGAGUUGGAGACACUGGUGGCUGAGACUGUCAAGGUGAAUAUUCCUUUCAACAAUCCAAUCACAGGUUUUUGUGCCUUUACGCAUAAGGCUGGUAUCCAUGCAAAGGCUAUUCUUGCCAACCCUUCCACCUAUGAAAUUAUUAAUCCUGCCGAUUUCGGUCUGUCUAGAUAUAUUCACUUUGCUAGUCGACUUACCGGAUGGAAUGCCAUCAAGGCCAGAGUAGAACAACUCAAUUUGGACUUGACUGAUGACCAGAUCAAGGAAAUUACCAAAAAGAUCAAGCAUUUGGGUGAUGUGAGGCCUUUAAGUAUUGACGAUGUUGAUUCGAUCAUUAAGGAUUUUCAUGCAGAUACGACCAAAAUUGAACUUGCCAAAGAGGAUCAGGAUAAGAAACGCCAGGCUUUGGAGAGUAGUGCCGCUAAGGAUGGAGAUAACAGCGAGGAUCAUCAGCAGAAGAAGCGCAAGCUCGAUAAUUAA